GGUCUGCGUACCAAGACAUGGAACAGCGUCCCGCCACCAACAAAAUAAGGAAGAUUUUGAGAACCACAUCCUGCGACCUGUGAGAGACAAAGAUGAUGUCUUUCUGACUGCAAACAACAAGGAGGUUCAGGUGAAGGGGAACACCAUCAUCACAGUGAAGGGGUUUAAGGAAUUGAGGAAUGUGCUGAUUCUGUUUGAGGAGACGUUCUACAACAACAGUGAUCAGAGCUACAGGGUGCUGUGUGUGGACCAGUUCCUAGAGGGGAGGACAGGUGAGUGGCAGGAUGUUGUUACAGUAUCAUGUUCUACAACAGCCAUGAUCAGAGCUACAGGGUGCUGUGUGUGGACCAGUUUCUGGAGGGGAGGACAGAGUCUGUUCAGGAGCCCAUCCUGGUGUCGCUCCAGUCGUUGGAGGACUGCACGGAGUACCUGUGGGGUCGCCAUGGUAACCAUCGCACCAGGAGGCAGGUGGACCACCGCGUGCAGCACUUCAUAGGGUCGUACCACCAGCUGGAGGGGGUUUCCCUUAGACACACCAUGGAUGCUGCAAACACGCUGUUUGUUCGAGCUAUGCAGACAGCUCUGAAGGACAAUAACAUGGGUAAAAUUGCCAAGCAGAGUACGAUUCACAUGGACAACCUGAAAAUUGCCAUGGAGACAUAUGUGAUGCAUGGUGUCUUCAACAAGGUGUUCAACACCAUCAGUACAUUCACUGCAACUGAGGAUGCUGCAUUGAACAAAGUCACCAGGAAUCUGGCAGAUGUCCAACUUCGAGAUUUGGGGGUUAGGAAAGAGUUCUGGCAAAGCAUUCCACGAGCCAGGCGUGAGCUUCAUGGACUGAACAAGUUCAGUUCUCCGCUGGAGAAACUGCUGUGUGUGAAACGGGCCAUCACUGCCAUCACCCGCCCCUCCCCACUACACAAACGGAAGGAGUCAGUGACAAUGUCCUCGGAUGACCUCCUGCCCAUCCUGGUGUACCUGGUGAUCAAGGCUGACAUCCCCAACUGGCUGGCUAACCUCAGGUACCUGCACAACUUCAGGUUCUCCAGACCUGCCAACGAUGCCUUUGGAUUUUACCUUGCAUCCCUUGAGGCAGCAAUAGAGCAUGUGAAGACUGGAAAUGUGGGAGUGGAAGAGGGUUCAGACCAGUCUCUAACGUCCAGCUCCCAGUGGCAGGCCAUGCAGAGGCAGACUUCACAGGACAUGUCAACAAUACUGGUACUGUUUGAGCACAUCCGUGAGGGUAGGGUAGAGGGAGUGGAGGAGAUGUUGGGGGUGUCCACGCCCGACCACACCCAGCUCAGGACGAAGAUGUGCCACCCCCUGUGCUCCUGUGACAGCUGUGAGAGACUUGUGUCAGGGAGAAGAAAUGACCCCACUGCAGUGACAGCCUACUCCAGAGACGACAAGGGACUAACAGCUCUUCAUGUUGCUGCCAUAUAUGGUCGAGCUGAGAUGAUAGAUCUCCUGGUUACGAAGGGUGGAGUGGUGAACGCUACUGACUACCACGGCUCCACACCCCUUCAUCUGGCCUGUCAGAAGGGCCACCAGUCUGCUGCUCUGUUGCUGCUACACUUCAGUGCUGAUGUCCGUGCUCAGGACAAUGAUGGGAACACACCGCUUCACCUCUGCUGUGAGAAUGGCCACGAAGACUGUGUGAAGGCAGUGGUGUACUAUGACCGCAGCUAUGUGGUGCUGGACAUUAAUGCUGCUAAUGACAACGGAGACACUCCGCUCCACCUGGCAUCCAGAUGGGGAUACUGUAAUAUCGUGGACACUUUGCUGCAGAAUGGUGCAUCAGUUGAAGCACUGAACAGGAAGAAACAGACCUCUCUGGACUGUGCACACAAUGAUACGGUUUCCAGAGUCUUGUUGCAGGCCUUGGAAGACAGACAACUGCAGGAGACAGAGGAAAGUUUUGUGAAGGUCCGUGUAAUGGAUGCCAGCCCUCCCAAACCUACCAGACCAAACAGAAGGGAGUCGGGUCCCCUCAGUAUCAACAAACUUCCCACUGUGCCUCAGGACUCCCCUCAGCAACAACGAGAGAAACAGGUUGAAAAACUACUGAAGGCAGUUGCUGAUGGAGACAUAGAAAUGGUGCGUUACCUGUUGUGUGUAGAGAGCUCAGAUGAAGAUGAUGAGGAUGUGUUUGAUGCCAAUGCCUCCCUGUGUCACCCACUGUGCCAGUGUGAGAAAUGUCAUCCUGUACAGAAGAGAACUGCUGUGAUGUCGGUGGACGAGCUCAGUGUGAACUCGGCCAAUGAGGGUGGGUUUACUUCCCUUCACGUGGCGGCGCUACACGGACGCAAGGACCUGACAUUGCUGCUUCUCCGUAACGGAGCGAAUGUGAACGGGCAGAACAAAGCUCAACGCAAUACUCCCCUGCACCUAGCCUGCCAACAUGAUCACGUAAAGAUUGUGUCGGCCCUGUUGGACCACGGAGCCAAGUGUAACGUUAAGGAUCAUAACGGCUGCACCCCGCUGUACCUGUCUGCCACCGCGGGAAACCUGCAACCUGCUCAGCUUCUCAUUCAGAAAGGUGCAAACGUUAACCAGACCAAUCAGCGGGGCAACACGGCGCUUCACGAAGCAGCUCGGUGGAACUACCCCAAACUGGUCUCACUCUUACUGCAGAACGGGGCGUCAGCUGCCAUCAGGAACAAGACUCAACUCACCCCACUGCAGUAUGCACAUAAUGAAGCUGUUGCCCAGCUCCUGAGAAGCCAUAUGGAGGAGAAACCAGCUGACCAUGUGGACCUGAGACCUCGGGCCAGGACGGCCUCGGGAAGUGCAGGGAGUGAAAUCUCCGACACAAACAUAGCAACCAUGCAGGGUGAAUCAGGUCCAGUUGGCAUCAAGGCCCUGUUCCAAGCGUUUGAUGCGGAUGACGUCAAACUGUCUAAACAGCUUGGCAAGGAGAUCAAGAUGUUUGACAAAUCUAAGAGAUUAAAGAAGACCAUCACUCGAGACCGGAGCUACCCUCAACUGCAGCUUCUGGCUGUCGAGCAGAUCAGUAGCACACCCGCAUUAGUAGACUCAACAUUGCCUACAUCACCAGAAGAACAAGAGCCAAUAAGAGGACUGGAUACUGAAGAAGUCUCUUCAGAAUUUACAGAAAAAGAGAUGGUAGAGGUGUCGGAAAGAGACAGACGUACAGACAGACAGGAAAAUGAGUCGACAUGGCAGAUCCAAGAAAGGAUCACCGAGGUGGCGUCACCGACACGUGUUCGUGAGUUCCUGACUCCAAUAGCGUCCAUCAGGCUGGUGGAGGCUGAGCAGAGUACGAGUGAGUACGACACAGAGGACAGUCGUGUUUCAGACAUGGAGGGUAAGGAGGGAUUUUCUCUAUCAGGAGAAGGCGAUGCUUCAAGGAAUAGUGAUGAAAGUUCUUUUAGGUUCCGUCAGGAAGUUAGAAAUAGUGAAGACACAUCUCUAAAGACUCCAUUGCUGCCUGCAUCUUCCUGCAGCAAAGCUCCUACCGAUGAGAAAACCCUCGCCAGUGGUGCUACAGUUGUGCUAGCAGAGAAUCUGAUGGUCGAAGGGACAUCUAGUGACCUUGAACCUGCCAGAGAGGUCAUUCCAGACCAGGGUCCACAGAUGACCUUUGCAGUCAAGGACAUGGAAGAACUUUUGAGUGAAGUGGUCGAGGAAGUCAACCAGGCAAGACAACAAGCAGAGUUGGCAGCUGCCUCUGUUGUAGAGGAACUAGUCAGAAGUGUUGAUAAACCUGUUGUGGAAGACAUCUUGGAUGAUGUUAUAGAGUCUGUUUUUGAGGAAAGCGGUUGUACAUCGUCAUCAGAAACGCAGCGUGCCAGCGCAGAUCAGGUAACCACGAGUAGCGACGUUCUCGGAGAAAGUUCUCUUGAGGAAAGACAAGCCUUCACCGACUCUGAAAAAGAACUCCAAAACAUGUUGUCACUGAUUGAUAAUCCGUCCGCCAAUGAUACAACUACAGAGUCAUCAUGGGAGGACAUCCCAGUUGAACCAAUGACAGAAGAGCAAGAGAGGACAUCAACCAAUGAGGACAUCUCUUCUGAUGUUGAAAACAACCAAUCAGAACAAUUGCUGCAAUCAGAAAUUCAAGAGGAGCAUUCUUAAGGUGCCCCAACCAAUCACAGCACAUAGACUGAAAGAAUUAGAAAUUUGAAUGGAUUAUGUAGCACAAUAACCAAGCAAAAUGCUCUGUAUGCACUGGUCCAGUUUGAUUUUUGGUUUGUUUCUAAUAGUUACCAAGUUGAACUUAGCACCCUCUAACAUGUAUUACCUGUACAGGUUCCCAUCAAUAGUAAAAAUGGUAUGGGGUGCAUUUAUCUUUAAUGAGACAACUGUUUCAUAGAUAUAUGGAGAAUACAAAUGGAUUAAAUAGAUUUGGCCCAAUAGUGUAUAGAAAGUACAGCAAGUAAAUCCAAAUUGAAGUCGAUAAACAUCAUUUAAAAAUUUAAUAUUUAGUACCACACAGGAGACUCCAGCAAACACAAGUCAUUGGAUAUCUAAAUUUUUGAAAAAUCUAUCUUUUGAAAUCCAGCUGUACUAUAAUUAUAGUGGUAUUUUUCAAUAGUCAUUAAUGGUGAUGACACCAAUCUUGCAAUUAGUUUUCUUCACCCCCAAAGGGUUGCAGACUGAAGUUAGAUGUUAUAGGCAAAGCUUUAGGUGAUUUGGUGACUGUUUCACUAAGAAGUAUGUGAUAGUACUAACUACAUAUGGAGUCAAUGGGAAAGUUGGUACUUUGUGAUUCAUUGAAGUCCAUAACCAUUUGGCAUUUAUGGCUUUGACAAUUUUGGGGAAAAGUUUUUUUUUUUACUUUGACUCAUCAUUGUGCAGCCUGGUAAUUGAACUAAAAAUGACUUCUUUGGAUGCAAACUUUACCAUAUAUAGCCAAAAAAUCUCAAUAUGGAACUCAAACAGACUUGAUAUACUCACAGAUGUGAACCCCCCUAAAAGUAUACCUAUUAUAUACAUGGUCAUCUAUACCUAGCAGAAACUAUUAGUUAGCUAACUAGUGGUGUCUCCUAAACAAGAAUGUUUUAUGCCUCCUCAUUGAAGAUCGACUAUUGUUUAUGUACAAGAAGAAAAAAAGUUAAAUGUGGAAAGUUCCAAACUUAGUGUAUUGAUGAUUUUUGGUUGCAUACUAGUACAUAAUUUUGCAGUCCAUAACGCUAUGCAUAGCUGAUACAUAAUUGAUAAAAAUACAAUGUAUUUAUGCAUAAGGCCUGCCUUGUUUUAUGUGCAAUGUCAAUGCAGAUGUUAUUAAAGAUUAUGUUAAUGUCCGAUUAAUUUAUUCAUAAUUUUUUAAAUGGUGAAAGAUUUGGUCUUAAGGUGCUCAUUACCAAUAAGUUAAUUAAAAUCAGACUACAAUUGUGUAUGGUCAGAAAUGUCACCAAUAUUUAUUGUUUCAAGCAAAAACUAGUUUACAUAGUAAUAUUUUUCUUGUACAUUCAUUCUGAUUUUGUAGAAAAUUCAUAGGUUAUUUGCAACAUGUCAAUAU